AUGCAGCUGAAAAAGUCGACCGUGGCCUUCGGCCUUCUGCCAAUGGCUCUGGCUCGUCCAGCUCCUCAAAUGGAUUACGGAGAGAACUCUGGUGACGUCGCUGGUGUCUCCCCUCAGAUUCCACAGGCAACCGCAGCCUCUGGCUCCCUCUACGGAGAUGAGAGCCUACUCACCGGCUACGCAUCUCGUCCGGCCAUCUCGGGAGGUGACUCUGCCGUGGUCGAGGAUCCAGAGCUUGUGAAUGGCCAAGAGGCCUCGGAGAAGCUGGGUCUAUACCUCGACUUCAACAGUGUCGAGAAGCCUCAACCCAUUCGUGGAUCCAAGGGCGCCACAGACCCUGGCCCGAGAACAUUCGAGUAUGAGAAGUUGAACCCGGACCUCUAUGCUCCACCCUCAACAGAUCAGGGAGAUGUGCCAAACGCCAUGUGGCCUCUUGGACUUUCCCACAACAAGCUAGGGCAGGACAAUGCUGGUUGGGCUCGUCAACAGAACACGGCUGUACUGCCUAUUGCAACCAAGAUGGCUGCUGUAGACAUGCGUCUUGAGCCUCACGCCUACCGUGAGCUUCACUGGCACACGGCCGGUGAAUGGGCUCUCAUGCUCAAGGGUUCCGUACGGCUGGCAGCCAUUGACGACAAUGGCAAGAGCUUCAUCGAUGAUAUCACAGCUGGAGAUGUGUGGUUCUUCCCGCCUGGUGUGCCGCACAGCAUCCAAGCUCUGGAGGAGGGCUGUGAGUUCAUGCUCGUCUUUGACGACGGCGAUUUCUCCGAGGACGGAACCUUCCUCGCCACCGAAAUGUUCAUGCGCACACCCACGUCCGUCAUGUCCAAGAACCUGCAGGCCAACGUCCAAGAGUUUGAGAAUGUUCCGGACAAGGAGCUCUUCAUCUUCAAUGGAACUCCUGCGCCUGCCGAUAUCAAGGAGCAGAACAUUACUUCUUCUUCCGGCUCCUCCGUCGGCACCGCGGGUUACACCUAUCACUGGUCGCAGCAGGCGCCAUACGUAACGCCGGGCGGUUCCGUCAAGAUUAUCGACCCGACCACGUUCCCCGUGGCCGACAUGUUCUCGGCUGCCCUGGUCGUGGUCGAGCCGGGUGCCAUGCGCGAGAUCCACUGGCACACGACCUCGGACGAGUGGAACUACUUCCUGCAAGGCAGCGGCCGCAUCACCGUGUUUGCCGCCCCCAGCGCCGCCCGUACGUUUGACUUUACCGCCGGCGACGUUGGCUACAUUGAGGCGGCCAACUCGCACUACAUUGAGAACACGGGCACCGAGGAUGUCAUUUUCCUCGAGGUUUUGCAGGCGCCCAAGUUUACCGACGUCAGCUUAUCUCAGUGGCUGGCGUUGACGCCGCGCCAAGUCGUCAAGGACACUCUCAACCUGACCGACGAGCUGCUCGACAGCCUGCCCAAGGACAAGACGCUCAUCAAGCCAGGCAACACGAACAUGACUGCGCUGGCUGGUGGCGGCAGCAACUUUUUAAGAGGAUAUAGUCUAAAUCGAUCCUUUCGUGUCGCUAAUGAUGAUUAUAAUUUGAGGAUAGACAUGUCGGCCUUCUUGUACAUAGUUCACAUAAAUUUUGUCCCUCUCAUCUGGAACCAUUGGCGCAAGUGA